AUGACUAUGAACUCCACAAACAGAUUAAGAUCACUGUUUAACGUUUCACACUGGAAUCAUGAGGACGACUCGUGGAAUUACAAUCGGACCCACUUCAGGGAUUUCUCCUCACUGUUCAAUGUACAUUUUAAGGAGCCUGCCUUUAAAGUACCUACAAUUGAUGUGAGCACCCUGAACCAUAAACUCACGCCGGUGUCCACCUGGUGGAUAUCACCUUGUACCGUCGUUGUUUGGUGUUGUUUAAUGAUGGUGUGCGGAAAGCGGGAUUCAUCAAACACUUCGCCUGCAAACCCACAAAAAAAUAACAGUGACAAUGGAUCUUUCAAAUUGUUAGACAACUCAGAAUGUUCACCACAGAGUGACAGCCAUUCAGAUUUACCGAAACCAUAUUUUGAGUGCGUUUCCAACAAUGAUGAGGUCAUCAAUAAAAAUUCCGAUGAUAACUCUGAGGAACUACCUCCGCCUUAUUCCACAUGCCUUGAAACAUUAAACAAUACAGAUGAAAUACCGAAGGUACACAAAGGGCAGAGUGUGGAAGAACUGCAGUCUCGUACUGAUGCAGAGGUGCAUCUCAACAAUACAGCAGAUGCACUCAGAAGUACUAUUGUACAGAAUAGUUCUGAUGACGUGACAUUAAGAGUAGUUGAAACAACGAUAGAUAUCGAUAUCGACGAUCGACUUGCAUCCAAUCAGACUAAAAUGAAUUAA